UUUUAUGGCUUGAUUUUAAAAUUCCACAGAUAGUAAAAAAAAAAUAAAUAAAGCCUGACCACCGAUGUUUUUAACGAAUUAUUUUCCUUUAGUUUUUCGAGAAACCGCUUUACGUAAAAAUGGCUGAAGUAUGUAAUAAGCAGACGAAAAGCCAACAGCAGUUGGCCAUGAUUGUUUACGUUUUGCGAAUCUAGCUGUCGUCCUUAUUGGCUUAGUCGUGAAAAAAUUAGUUUAUUUUUUUCUUUUACAACCGUUUUUCAACCCUUUCUUCUCUGUGACCUUGGAGAAAUACUGGAUACGCAACUUCAGGCUAUCGCUGAACAUAAAAUUUAUUCCGUCUUGUUGGUUUUGUUUUUUCUUCCUAAAGGUAUCGACAAAAGCAAAAUAUGCCUGCAAGUCGAAAACAACUCUUUUCAAUGUCCACGUCGUUUAUCUGUUGCCAUGCAAAAGAGAAUAAUUUAAGAAGUAGACUUUGUAGCGAAAAAAGAAAAGAAGUGAUAUCGUGUCCAUUUCGGGAAAAUUCAAUCGAUCUCAAGUUCCUGUGACAUCUCUACGCUUUGGCUUCAAGGUUAGAAAAACAAGUCCGCCAGUGACGUUUUAACUUCAGUCGGGAGCAAAAACUUCGUCUGGACGCAACCCUUUUUCAUGAUUGCAAAACAAACAUCUGUAGUGGUUGGAGCCCAAAGCUCAACGUGACCCAUUUUUACGUACUAAAAUUCAACAUCUUGAGUCUCAGUGCACUUCGAUACCAAUAAAAAAAACAAAAAAAACACUUACUUGCGUUCAGCGAGUUUAACGACGAUUCACAGUUCAUUCGCCAACGGCUAAACGAUUUCCAAUGGACGAGAAAAAUUCCACUGAGAGUUCCAAUGUCCCAACACCCAAGUCACUUAACAACAGCGAUGACGUCAUUGAGGAAAUCAGAAGUUGGAUUCAGUUGGACGUCAAAUCGAAAUUCCUCGAAGAUGCUGUCAAAUUCAUCGAGUCGGUUGUGGUACGACAUCUUUCUUCUUUGGAAAAUACUGUAGUCGAGAGACUAUACGUUAAAGUCGUACUGGAAAUGUGGCUGAGAAAGAGUUUAGGAAAGACUGUCGAUUACCUCAAUGAUGAAACGACCGACAUCAGUGUCGAAAUGCCCACUUUAUUGAAAGAAUUAAAUUCCAUCAAUUCAUUUGAAGAUAUUGGCCUCAAAUUGAACGAAACGACAUGCCAGUUGACAAACCUAUGCGACACAGGAUGUCAAUAUUUGAAACUAAUCCUCGAUCAGGUGGAUCUUUUCAAAAACACGCCCCGUUUCUCGGUUCUUGUCGCCAGUUUUAUCAAGCAGUUUAAAGCGUCUUGCGUUGACAAAGUCUUUUCCAGGUGUCUGGAUGACGUCGCUAAAGAUCACAUGAACGGCAAGAGAAACUGGAAAUUUAUUGUCGCACUAAAUGAAGUUUUACAAGUCGCCACUGAAGACGUAGCAAUGCAAAAUGUUUUGGAGGAAAUUUUCACGGGAAAGGACGUCAAGAACUUCGAUGAAGUAAGCGGGCAGGAGUUGAUCAACAAACUGGUGGAGAUAUUUUCAAGCUGCAGUGAUGCAACUAAAAACGAAUCAUCAGAAUGGGUAAAUAAGCUCAAAUCCGAAAAAGAAUGGACACGGAAAUUGCAAGUUUUGGUCAAAGAGACGUGCAAGGCCUUCCUGUUACCUAAAACGACGAUCAAAGUGGAAUAUGGAAGAAAAGUCAUCUUGAUUAAAGGUGUUUCUGUAUUUGUCAGCAAAAUGAUUGCAGAAAUGAAACGAUUGAAGGACAACUAUCCGGAAGUGCAAGAAAUCCAGAUUGUCGGACUGUCAUCCGUUCACGUCGAUUGGCACCUGGAGAACGAAACCUGGCACGGAACGAACGUGGGAAUCGUUACUGAUAAAAUUUUCGUAGACUACGAAGUUUGCCGAAUUGCCCAGACAUAUAACGCACAAGAGAAAGAAGAAACUACCGAGUCAAAGGAGGCUAAUCAUUUUGUGGACGAUUUCUGCGUCUGCUGGGAUGUCUCGGGCAAGAACGGAGAACCAGGUCAGCCGGGUAAGAGCGGCGGCAACGUGACCAUCAUUUGUAACGAGAUGAUUGACGCCGAACGAUGGCAGAUAAUCUCUGAUGGAGGCAAAGGAGGUGAUGGACAGAACGGCACUAAUGGGAAAAGCAAACCAGACAAAAAGGCCAAUAAGUGGUCAAAAGAAUAUUUCAAUCAACUGUUUCCUUCCAUGUCCAUGUUCGAAACGGGAGAACAGGCAGAUGGCAAAUUUCCAGCUGAUGCAGUUAAGAUCGUUUUGACGACGCUAAACGACUUGUUGCCCGUUGGAACUCGAGAAUCUGGAAAAGACAUCCGGCCAGGCUACCGAGGUAAUUUUUUCAUCGAAGGCACUGCGAAAGACGGUAGUACGAUCAGCGUGUCGUUCUAUCAGUCCAAGACAAAACGACACACACUCAUCUUCUGCCAAGGAAGCAACGUCGAACAAGGUGGGUCUGGAGGCACCAUCGUUUUUGAAUUCAUGACCGAAGGAAAAAACUCGAUUGCAACACAAUCUGGCGUUCCGGUCAUUGGUAAGGAAAAUCGUCGACCGAGGGCUGUGCGGAUGGGUGUCUACGAAGCGAUCGGUUCUGAUGGCGUAAUGGGAACACCUGUUGGUGAUGUUGGUUUCAUCCACAGGCUAGACACAUCUGAGCCAUCUGCAAACCAAAAUCUGACAGGUCAUUACAUUGGCUUCGAAAAUGAUGUUAGCCUUCGAAUGAAAUUCACCCGUACGAAACCUGCAAGGCAGCCAAAUAAUGCUGAUAAUUAUUACGUCAAACUAAAAAAAGGAGAAUAUGCGUCGAUUGAUUACCCUAGCCUAUCCCCAUCCGACCAAGUCAAGUCCAUACGUUCGACAGUGGAAAAUGCCACGAAAAAGAAGGCCAUCGUACGCCAAAGCCUCGCCCAGCAUGUUGUUCAAGUGGACGAGCGGAGGCAGAUGACACAAUGCCUUCAGACAAGAUUAUCCACCAACUGGGAGGAAGAACGAAUGACAAACAAUGUCGACUUUUUAGUCAGUCAAAUGGAAGACAAAGAAACUCAGCUUAAUCAGUUAACGUCGCAGUGCAGUCGGGGCCUUGAGAACGUUGCAUCAACAAGAUUUGUUAAACCGGCAUUGAAAAAGAAACUGGACGUGAAGAGCGUUUCAGACACCUCUCGUUCAUUGGUGGGUGGACGAUCAGUUGGACGUCGUCCAGUUGAUUUCCGGCAGAAACCUCCUGUCGACGUUCGAUGCCUCGACAUGCUGCCAACAAUGAGCGGUGUCGAUAGCGCUGUACACAGCAUUUUUGGCGAAAUGAAUUCAAACGGGUCGUAUGUUUGCAAUAACGUGAAAAUGUUUCGCCAACAUGUUGCCACAUUCAUUAGGCAAAAUGCAACAGACCCUGGAACUCUGGAAACAUCAAACCAAUCUGAAUCGGCAAAACUCAUCCGAAAAAAGGAAAAUCAUGUCAAAGUCUCGGCUUUCGUCAAGCAGUUUAAACUACGUGUACAAAAGAGCGAUGCACCAUCAGAAUGUCCAAAAUUAUUUGAAGAAUACGCCAAGUUUGUUGAGACACCAUCGAACUCACUGGAAUCGGCUGAAUUAGAAAUGCUAGCAAUCAUCCAUCGCAUGUCCAUCCACGUUUACAACGAUCAAUUAUCAUCCUUCAAGUACAAGGAAACCUUGAAUCCUGACACUGAAAACAAGCACUAUAUUCUUGAUUACGGAAACGGAGAAUGGCAGCGAGUCGAACCCUAUAUAAUGGUGAACAAUUUCUGCGAGAAAAUUGAUGGGGACCUUUUUGAAUAUCAACCCAUUCAAAGCAAUUACUUCCGCAAAUUCUUGGACCCUCUUGAAAAACACGGCGCUAACCGACAGGUUAUCACUUCGAUGAAGAAGCUGAACCCUGAAAACGGUGAUACACCGGAUAAAUUGUUUCAAUUGCUUUUGGAACGUUUCUGUGUAAACGACGAAAAUCUGAAACAAAAAAAUUUGAACAUAAAAUUGAUAGAUAAACAUUCAACCGAUCUUGACUGGUUGGCUGAAUGGAUAGUCGAACACAACAAUCGAAAUCUCAGUCCCAUCUUCUACUUGAAUAUCGUCAAAAAUAACUUAACCGUCGAAUGGAAAUGCGAAUGUUUAAUGCUUGAAAUUUUCGAUCGAUUCGUUCAAGAGUCUUUAAACAUUGAUUCAAUCAGUAAAAUACAAGGUAAGUUAAAUAAAAUAGCAAAGGGAAUGCCAUCUCUAGUGCCUAUAUUGCGAAAAUUGGUUGCCGCAUCCGACAGCUGUUUCGCGUUACAGCCCCAGAAUUUGUUGCGGCUUUUAAAAACUAUAGCAAAAGACUGCGGACAAAGUGAUGGAAUUACAAGACAACAAUGGCCGGAGCUUCAAGAACUGCCUCUCAGCGAUUGGUAUUACCAUUUAAGAAGCAAAGUGUGGGAAAAGAAACUCAAUCGGCUGCCCAACAGCGAUUCAAGUACUCCAAAAGAAGAUAAGAAACUCAGGAAUGAGGCCGUUUAUAUGUUACUGGAACUCGAAUUCGAAAACGACGAAAAUUAUUGUGACAAGUUAUUAAAAAAGACUGUGGACUUAAAGAAGGCCGUUAUUGUUUUGCGAAAUGAUAUGCAUCUGGGGGCGAUUCCUAACCAAGAAUAUGACGGAGUAAACAAACUGCAUAUAGAAAACAAGACGGAACAUAUACAAACGUAUGACGAGCGACUCGUUACAAUGAGGUUUCCUACGAUGUUGAACGACGUGAAAAAGAAGGUGGAGGAAUCUAAAUUCAUGUCAGACCAAAUGAAAGAAUUUGACGAACGAAAAUACAAGCUGGCCGAGGAAAGAAUACGCAAAUUGAUCAAGCAAUGGCAGAGAAAUGGUUUGAAUCUUAAUGAUAAUAAGUCAGCUGCCGAUUUUGUCUUUGUCUACGAUUACGCCGUACAGAAAACGUGUACGAAGGAAGGAGACAAACAAACAUUCCAACUACGCGACAACCAGAGAGUGACGAUCAUGACAUUGCUGAUAUCCGAAAAUAAAACCACGUUUGCACAAGUGUCAACUGGUGAAGGGAAAUCGCUCAUCGUCACGGGUGUCGCAAUCGCAUUUGCCCUUUGUCAAAACGAAAAAAAAAAGACGAAGAAAAUCGAUGUUAUUACCAGUAAUGACAUGCUGGCUCGCCGUGAUUCUACGCUAUCGGUGGCCGAUGGUGGACUACGGGAUCUUUACGAAUAUUUUAAUGUAAGUGUAGCCAACAAUUGCAGCCGAUGGAUGGACGAACGAACGCAAGCCUACAAUGCAGCUGUUGUUUAUGGGCAAUUGGCCAAUUUCCAGCGAGAUUACUUGCUGGAUAAAUUCUACGGUCAGAACAUCCGAAGCGACCGAACCAUGGACGUUGUCGUCAUUGAUGAAGUCGACUGCAUGAUGCUCGAUCGCGGUAACGAUACGCUUUACCUAUCGCACGAUAUCCCUGGCAUGGAGAUGCUCGAAUCUCUUUACGUUUUCAUUUGGGAAAAGAUACGCAGUUCUUCCAUCGGAUUGGAUAAAUUGACGAUAAGGGAAUCCGUGAAAUCAGCCGUUCUCUACGACCUUUACGGUGCUAUAACCAAAGGCGAUUUAGAAUCGAUUCACAACCCAUUGAAGGACCAACCAUCGAAAAAGAAUGCGCUCUGGGAUCACUUAAUUGAAACAAAAGUAAUCGACCCACAAGGACGUCUGUGGAUGGAAGACAAGGUUAAAGACAUCAACUUUGAACCGGAAAUGAAUCCCAAAAUUAUCUUCUAUCUCCAUAGUGUGGCGAACCGCGAGAGGAGUAUUCGAAUACCUGAACAUUUAACGUCCUUUGUCGAUCGUAAUCUUGACACGUGGCUGGACAAUGCCAUGCAAGCACUGGAACUCAAACGCGACGAGGAUUAUGUCGUCGAUCAAGACCGAACAAACACCAGCCCAGAUCUUAAUCCUCAGGUGAUAAUCAUCGACCAAGACACGGGGAUGGACCAGAACUCCUCGCAAUGGGACGGAGCACUGCAUCAAUUCAUUCAGCUAAAGGAAGGCUGCAAAUUGACGUCACAAAGUCUAAAAGCCAUUUUCGUUUCUAAUGCGGCUUACAUCAUGGCUUAUAAAAAGGUGGUAGGCGUUUCGGGCACGUUGGGAUCCAAAUCAGAAGGAAAUUUCAUGUAUAAAGAAUACGAUAGUCUUCGGUUUGUCAUACCAACAGCUUUCCAGAAACGUUUUUACCUGAAGCUAACGCAAAUCCUUGAAUCAGAAGACCAAUGGCUGCAGGCCAUCGUUAAAGAAACACAACACGUUAUUCUUCCUGACGAUGAAUCUAAAGCUCGCUCUUUUGUCAUCUUUUGUAAAUCAAUCAAAGAUGUGAAUGUUAUUCAUCGUUACCUGAAAAAAGAAUUGGGAUCGAAACUCAAUGACAACCACAUCCAUUGCUACACACGCGAUUAUGAAAAGUUUGCUUUCGAAGGUAAAUCACUUGAAGUCGGUCACGUGAUCAUCGCCACUAACUUGGCAGGCAGAGGCACAGAUAUCAAAAUAAGCGAUCAAUUGAAAGUAAACGGAGGUCUACACAUUUGUCUGACUUUUUUGCCGAAAAAUGAGCGGGUUGAAGAGCAGGCGAUGGGACGUUCUGCUAGAAAUGGAGCACCAGGAAGCGGAAUCUUCAUCUUGUACGAAGAAUCCAAAACAGGAAAGAAAUGGGGCGUCGGAAAAUGGUUAAGCAUGAAGGAGGAGCGUCAGUGGAAAGAGAAACAACGGAUAUCCUGUUUGGAAGAAGAUUUCGAGACCACGGAACGUGAACAAAAGUUAAUUAAAAAUCUGUGUAAGUAUUACACUGAACUGAUGCAAGAACUGAAAAACCAAAAACGUGGAGGUCAGGAAACGAAAACAAUCUGGGACAGUGUACUGGACAAAUGGGUUUUAUGGCUUGACGAAAGCCAUUUGAAAUCAUUUUUGUAUUCCUAUAAUGUCGAUUUCUUCCGCACUUUUUACGAUGAUAUUGGCCUGCCAGAAAACAACACGUCAAACUUUAGUUGGAUGACUCCAGGUCGAUCUGUCGCCAUGGCAAAACAUCUGGCUCUGCAAAAAUCAUCGCUUUCGGAGGCAGGUGAAAUUCUGAAACGAGUCAUUGAUUCAAAGGACGGCGAUUUUUAUCCGGCUGCUUAUUACUACUUUGCUUUCAUUUUAAUUCAAGAAGAUAUUAAGGGAAACAAAACAAAAUUCAUUCAAACCUUACGAAAAUGCGAAACUAUUUUGAACAACGACAUAGACAUCCACUUGUCCUUUUACCGAAAAGUUAACAGCAAUGCAACGCCUGACCAAGUCCCAUCGUUCUGCGUCGUCGACGUAUACAAACAACAAAAAGACAAUAUCGUGAAAAUUCUGGAAUAUUUCAUCGGUUCCGUUCGAGCUCUACUGGGCAACCAUUAUUGCUCAGCUUCUAAUCUAAAGGAAGUUGGAAAAGAAGAAAAAAAAGAAAAAAACCUUUUUAAAAAAGCUGAAAUAUUCUUUAAAAAAAAAGAUUUUGGGCGAGAGAGUAAACCUAAACAAGAACUUCAAAUUUGUCCCGAAAGAGCGGAAAAACUGUUUCAGUUAUUGGUAGAAAAAAAGUGCAUCACCUGUCGGCUCAAUGACAUCGAUGCAAUCCCUAAUAGGGACGCUAUCAUUGAGCAGGUAGCCAACGAAUACGGAAUCCAGAACCUGAUGAAACAUUUAGAGUUCAUUCCAUUAGGGGAGAAUUUGACUGAGAAGGAGAUUGAAAAAAAACUCAAAAACGAAAAUUUGAUCCCAUGCACGAGAAAGGCGUUCUGGGCGGAACUGAAGAAUGAAGGUGCACUAGAAGCGGUGAAAGGUGGAUUGUGCUCUCAGAUGAAAUGCGUCAUCAUGUUGGAAUCCGAAUGCAAUGUCGAACCAAGUAAACCGAACAGCCAAAUACUCGAUCGAGAUAAACGGAUCAAAAUUGAAGACUUUCAGUUUGGAUUGGAUUCUUUCGAUCACAAAAACAACUGUCUGAACGUGUUGUAUAAUCCAAUUUACGACAGCAUGAGUGACUUAUUGAAGCAGAAAAAAAUCAUGUUCAGCAAACAGUACGUUAUUAAACAACUCGGCGAAGAAGAGUAUCGACGCCGCAAGGAGAAAUUUGAAUCCAAUCAAAUUGCACAGCUUAACCUCAUCAAACUCAAAGAACUUAAAAGUGUCAGUUUGAAAUUUUCUGGCCCAUUGGGGAAGCAUGAUUUGGAGCGAAUCAACAUAAAUUCUAGUGGCGAGCAGGAUGGCGUUUGGAAUGCGCUAGUUGAUCAGAAAAUCAUUGAUUCAAAUGGCAAAUUGUCGUCCAACUUCCAAAAAUUCAGCUAUCCCGAGUGUCCUGCUUAUGAGGAACCUGUCAUGCGUGUCAUUGGUAGAAUUUUCGUCGCUGAAAUAGUUAAACGUCAAUGGCUAAGGGCUGCACAAGAUCCCAACUGCUUGAAAGCAAUAAAUUUAUUGCCGUUAAAACCCUAUCUAGAUUUACUUGGCGAUUUGAUGGCUGCCCACGUUAUCUCUGGUGCGCGAGUGACGGAGGAUGCAAAACUUAUCGAAGACAGUACUAAAGAAAUUGAAGACGAAGACGAACGCGAAUGUGUUCUGAAGUUUCUGAAAAGCCGCCAACCUGUUUAUGUUCCUCGGAUGAAAAAAUAUGACAUUUAUCUUGAUCUGAUCGAAAUGGAUAUUCGAAGGAUUCCAAACACUAACAGUAUUUCCUCAGAGCUCCACAUCUUUGACCUCGUAGGAUUCAAUCACGUCAUUGACAUUAAGGAUCGAGAAAGGUCCUGGAAGUCAUAUUUGGGAGCAACAUUUGUCGGUGCUGUUGGUUUAGCUUCGAUUGGUGUUGGAAUUUUCCUGAUUCACGGAAAAAUGCUAUCCUGUGAAUUUUGCAAGAACUUAUUGUUAAUGGGAGGAGUGUCAGACAUUCUGUACGCCAUCACGAUUAUCCUGGCACACAGCAACUUCACGUGGUCCGAUUACACUCGUCAAAGGCUAAGGAGUGCCAUGGGAAAAACGGAACCAAUUGAAACGAUUAAAGCCAUUUUCAAAUUAUAUAGUUCAUCUGAAAACGCUGAGUUCCGAGAGGCAAUCAAAUUGGCCGUCGGUUUGGAAAGGUGGAAACGACAUGGCAGAGUCCAAAUAAAUUGGGAAAGUGAAGUAGCUAAGACUGUUGAACGUAUUGGAUUGAGCAACCAACAGACCGCGUUUAACUUUCACGCCCAACUACAUUAUCUUCUACAAGAUUUGGGAAUCUUUCUUCUUGGAAAAAUAAAGAAAUACGCCACAAAAAUUCAACAGAAGCUGACCGAAUUGAACGAGUGGCGCCGACUCGAAAUACCCCAAUCUUUCGUCAGAGAGAAGGUGAAUCAACUCAUUUCUAAUUGGACAAUAGACGGUGAAAGAUGGGUCUGUGAUAUCGUCGUCGCCAUGAAUUUGAAACUGAAUGAGAUUCAUAAGAGCCUUCAACGAGCGGCAGGAAUUCCGUUGACACAAGAAAUAGCUGAUAGAGGGAUCCGCGUGAUGGAACCGAUUUUCAAAGACUACGAGGUGCGAAUGGGAUUGAUACGCAUCUUUGUCACACGUAUUCGCGAAUUUCUAUUAGACCUGGAAAAUCAUGUCAAUCCAUCAAGAGCUAAAGACAUAGAAGUUGGAGAAUUUAAGCGUUUCCAGAAAAAGACGAUGGCUAACAUGGAAUCUGAACUUGGAAGACAAAUGGAAAAGAUUCUGGACUUGUUGAUGCAGAAAAUUCAUCGUGUCGCCUCCGACCAAGUCUCAAAUCUAGCGAAUAUUAAUUCCGAAAUAUUCACCACUUUUUUGCAGUUAAUUUAAACGAAGUUGAAAAUUCGAUUAUUUUUUCAAAUUUUACGUAUGCAAAUUUAACGUGUUACAAUGUAAAUCUGUGCAGGGUUCUAUAAACUUAGUAUACUGUGA